AAAAUGGAGAGAUACUUCCAAACCUAUGCUCUCUUAGGGCUCAAUGACGGUAACCUGCCAGUGCACAGAGGUAUGAGACAAAAGAGAUACGAAUCUGUUGAAAAAAUGCUCGACUUGCUUGACGUUGCAAGGAAGGUAGGCCCAAAAGCUCCUUGGCAAGCCCUCUUCCUCGACCCACAUGACCCAGAAUGGGAUGAUGACAUGAGUUAUUUAUACGUUGACCAGUCCUUGUACAGGUCUUGGUUCACAUAUGCUACACUCGCAGGGCUAUUCUUCCUAUACAACUACAGAAUAAUGUUCCAUAACAAGAACUUUUCCUUUGUCACAAAGUUCACUCUUGGAGGAGUAUGGCUUUACUCCAACAUGGUCUACCUAAAAUACAGACAACAAGUACUCAGAUGUAACUUGUUCGAUGAAUACGUCCAGCUCAGAGCUGACGAAUUGAUCAAUCAAAAUGAGAAGAUGCUCAGGUCUGAAGAGAUGAAGAGGUUCAUCUGGUACACAGCUGACCUUAAGGAAACCCUCGCUAGAUGUCAUAGACAAUCUUAUAAAAAUGACGCUUCUGACUUUGCUGACUCAGAAUUAUUGCUGCAAGAUUUUGUAAGAAGAUACACUGAUGAGACUGAAGAGAUGCCAAUAUCCGGCAAGAAUGCCUCUAUCGGACAUUAAGGAAAUCAGAGUUUAUAUU